GCAUCACUGAGACAGACAGCAUACAAAGAAAUCGGCAGACUCUACACACAGUACCCGCUAUUAUCAKCAUCAUUGAGAUAUGGAGAUAGAAGAGGACAUCUAUGCCAAUGUAGAGGAGAUCAGUGUGAAAGGMUGUGAUGAUCUGGCUGCAGGUUAUGAGACUUUACACCAGAGUCCAMAGGCUGGAACAAGACUGAAUCAUGAGAAUCAAAACUGUCAGCCUUACAAGCUGGCUACAGUUUCUCUGGGACUGCUGUGUGUUCUCCUACUAACCACAGUCAUAGGUCUCUCUGUGCCAUAUGACGAUGACUACACUCAUUAUCUCCUAACAGCCAACCACACCACAGAGAAGAAAGAGCUUCAGAUUAGUUAUGAAAACCUGACUAAAGAGAAAGAACAGUUGGAGAGGGAGAGAGACCAGUUACUGAUCAGUUAUAACAGCUUGGCUAAAGAAAGAGACCAGUCACAAACUCAUAAUAUCAACUUAACUAGAGAGAGAGAUGGGUUACAAAGGAAAAUUUCAGAGCAGGAGAAAAAGAUAUCAGAAGAACUGGGAUGCUGUCCUGAUGGUUGGAGGAGAUUCGGAUCUAGCUGUUAUUACUUUUCAACAGAAAGUAAAACUUGGACUGAGAGCAGAGCCGACUGUAUAAGGGGAGGAGCAGACCUGGUGAUCAUAAACAGCAGAGAGGAACAGCUGUUUCUAAACAAAAUGGGAAAAGAUGUGCACUUCUGGAUUGGUCUGACUGACUCAGAGAUGGAAGGGUUCUGGAAAUGGGUGGAUGGAACAACAUCAACAACAACGUUCUGGAGAAGAGGAGAGCCAAAUAAUACCGACARGGAGGAGGAUUGUGUGGUAUUCAACAGGUUUAUUGAUCUGUCUUGGGACUGGCAAAUUAUUCCGUCAUGGAAUGACCAGCCUUGCUCAGUGAGUACCCAAUGGGUAUGUGAGAGCAGACCUAAAUAAAGUGUCAUAACAUGACAAAUCCAUCCACAAUAGGAGAAUAAUAUCUGAAUUCCCUUUUGAGUUAGCAAUUGUAUUAUCACAGAUUAUUGUUGAAGUGUAAUUUCAAUCUAUUACAACAUUAGUUAUGAUUAGUAAUGAUUGUUGUUAUGAUUUGUAAUGAUUGAAUUAAUAUAAUAUCGAAUUGCUUAUAAUGAACCAUAGUAUUAUGAAUGAGAAACUUUAACCUGAAAGCUAAUGUCGUGAAUUCACAUGCAGGGUCGAAUCUAAUCUAAUCAUCUAACA